AAUUCAGUUCCGUGUUUUUGUGCUCUCUCACGAGUUUAGAGGGAACAGUCAGGAAAACAAACAGGUCGAACGAAGAAAUAUCAGUAGCCGGUCUGUUGAAGAGGUUAUUUCACGGGGAAUGGCUUGUUUUCAUGCAUUUGUUAAUCCAUGCAUGUAGCUUUUUCUACACAUUUGUGCUUUCGAAUAUCGUUCGUUUUGACCCGUGCUAGCAGCAGAGUAUGUUGCCGCUUUCUAACAUUUGGUUUGGGUUUAUGGAGCACGUAGUCUAUCCGCUGCGGUGUUGUGUUUUUCAUGUCAGUGUUUAUCAAUUCUAACUCGACGUCCAUAGAUAGAUUUUGACCGCAUUCCGCAUUAAAUUCGGUACUAUACAUUUAUCGCUAUGCAUACGAGGCGUUUGGUGAAGCGUUCAAUCCUGGGGAGCCGGGUGUAUGCGCCGAGUCCGACAGGGGACGGGGCUCCGUUGACAGGAGUGGUACAGGCUGUCAAGCAGGAAAACAGAGAUGUUUCAACUGGACCUCGACGUAACGUCUACACGUUACUAAUGCAAGACGGAAGCCUGAAAGAAUUCUCCGAGGACGAGAUAGCCGUGGGCUUCAACCAAACGACGGCGAAAGGACCGCUCAAAUCCAGCUUGAAGCAGAGCUCCUGUAACGGCCGGGGGGACGGGACUCCACACCAGGGCCAGAACGGGGAGGCCAACUCCCUGAGCCCAGAUGCGGUGGAGGGGGAGCGGGCAGUGGAUGGCAGGAGGACAGGGCGCACCUUGGAGGGUCCUGAGAGGGACCACACCCGCUCUGUCUCCCUGCUGGACCAGAAACGCAAGGUGGUGUCAUCCAGCAUCGAUGUGCCCCAUGCCAGGAAGUCAGAGGAGGAAGUGGACAUGGACAAGGUGACAGCUGCCAUGGUUCUGACCAGCCUGUCCAGCAGUCCACUGGUCAGGAGCCCCCCUGUCAAAGUCAGCGAGGGUCUGAAUGGCUCGUGGAAGGAGAGUGGUGGGGGCUUCACCCCUUCCAGUUACAGCAGUAGUGGCUAUUGGAGCUGGAGCGGCCCAAGUGACCAGUCCAACCCGUCCACCCCCUCCCCACCGCUAUCUGCAGACAGCUUCAAGCCCUUCCGCAUGUCCAGCAUCAACGGCCCACCCCCCGACGACGCCAUCGACGAACAGGAUGGCAGCAGCCUGCUCUUCGACGAGCCAAUCCCACGCAAGCGCAAGAACUCCAUGAAGGUGAUGUUUAAGUGUCUGUGGAAGAACUGUGGGAAGGUUCUGAGCACGGCUGCUGGGAUACAGAGACACAUCCGGACCGUUCAUCUGGGGCGUAACUGUGACUCUGACUGCAGUGACGGAGAGGAGGAUUUCUACUACUCAGAGAUAAAACUCAACACAGACUCAGUGGCUGACGGUCUGAGCAGCCUGUCCCCCGUCUCCCCCUCCGUACUCUCCCCCAUCUCUCCCCCCCAUGACAACCUCAGACGACCCCCUGCAGAGGGCAGCAACGGGACCAAGGAUAAUCACACCCACUCCAACAGCACGCAACAACAGCCCCUCAGUCGCUCCGCCCCCAGUGCCCUCUACCUCAUCCACGCAGAACACGCCUACCAGGCCACAGCUCCAGUCACCAUCCCCUUCUCAGGCUCUGCUGCCUCAGGCUCUGCUGCCUCAGGCUCUGCUGCCUCAGGCUCUGCUGCCUCAGGCUCUGCUGCCUCAGGCUCUGCUGCCUCAGGCUCUGCUGCCUCAGGCUCUGCUGCCUCCACCUCCUUCACCCCCAACAGCAGCUCGACCUUCAGUAUCUCCUGGCAGUCACCUCCUGUCACCUUCACUGGCACAGCUGCAUCUCCCACCCACAGUCGGACACAGAGCUUUGGGGAGCAGCGGUCCCAGACAAUAGCAGUCCUCUCCUCCCCUCCCAGAGCCACUGGCUCACUCAGCCGUAAGUCCCGUGGCGAGGGUAAGAAGUGUCGUAAAGUGUACGGAAUGGAGAACAGGGACAUGUGGUGCACUGCCUGCCGAUGGAAGAAAGCCUGCCAGAGAUUUACCGACUGAACCAACCAAGUAACUGACCAGCCGUGAGGGUUGCCCGUGGGAACGAGGGGUGUUCCUUUCUGUUCCCUUCCUACGCAUGCGUUGUCACUCCAAAACCAACGUUGUCACACCCCUCUACAGUUCUGGUCCACUCCACCCCAACCCUAACCCAACCCCUCCUGACCCACCCCAGCAGGACCAAGGGGGUGGAGCCUCCUACUGUUCUGAGUAUAUCCCAAGCUAACUCCAGCUCCCUCCCAAGACUUCCAACUGGAGAACAAAAAUAACCUCGGACCUAAUCGUCAGGUCAGCCAUAAAGGGACCAGAAAAGAGGCAAAUUUUGUCCCAGAACGUCUCAAUAUUUUUUUUUUUACUGAGAAUGGCCUUUUUUUGCUUUGAGAGAAGGCCAUAAUAAAAAGAGAACGGGGAAAAAUCAUUGUUUCCCAUGUAGACUCAUUCUUUCCCCACUGGCGCACUCUUUCUGUUCUAGCCUGCUUCUUCUACUGGGUGCUCUGGAUCUCUACAACCACAGGCCCCCUCUCUUCCCCGUCCUCACCCCAGGGAAUGUAUCUUGUGUCUGGACUUGGCAGGGGCAGGGGGAGAGGGAGGGGUGGAUAGCACCCCCUAGUGGGGUUAAAUGGAUCAAUGCAACAACAGCAAAAAUACAAAUACACAGUCGGGAUGCAGAACAGACCCUGCAUCACAACCGCAACACAGGACCACACAGUUUUCUAUCUACAUUUGAUAUAUAUAUAUAUCCAGUUGACUGAAGCUAAAAAAGGGUCAUUUUCUUUCAGGGAGUGUUGAUCAAAAGAAAGGAAACAUUUCAAUAUAGUUAUUUACAGUGAGGCUUUUGGUCACAUGAUAUUUACUUGCAACCAAAAAGUUUAUUUUUUAUUUUUUUAUGUGCCAUUUUCCCUAAUGGUGUUAUUUCUCUGUAUCUAUUCUUCUUGGUGUAUUGAAAGCACAAAAAGGACUGUUUUUGCUCACUAAGAACUCAAAACAUUACACCCCUCCCACACACUUUGGGGCAAAACAAUCAACCGACUUAAAAUGGGGCUGCAUACUAGCGCCCCUCUUCUUCCAUCAGGAGUUAGUUCGUAUUUCUAACGUUUUGUUUACGGGCGCCAUACUUUACCAAAGCCCGUAGGUCACCUACAAGAUGGAGGGUGUUCGCUCAAUUUCCCCUUUCCUUUCCAAUACCAAAAGUGAAGCAAGAACUUUUACUGUAUGUGUGUGACGUGAAUGAACACUUGUAAAGGCAGUAUGUGGCAGUUCCUGUUGGGUUGGGGUGAACAUCUCACUCUCUCACCCUACUCACUCUUGUGUUGACCUUCCAGGUCUGAGAGAAUAUUGGUGAGGUAGGGAUGGUAACACCACCUGUACCAUACUGUGGCCGGUCCAGCCCAGACCACCUUGUUGGAAAAUGGGAAGCUUUUUGGGAGAUUUCUUUAACUCUGCACACUGCACUCACUCCAGCUCGGCUGGCACAUCACUCUAUGGGCUUCAUAAGUAGUAAGAAACUGUGUGAUUGAUGGGUGGCAGAGGCCGAUCCACUGGUGCAGCUACCUGAUUGGUUAUGUGGACCAGACUGACCCCACCCACUCCACUUCCUCCUGAUGAGACUGGCCACCUGGUUGGCUUGGACACGGGAGGUUGACUCACUUUUGAAAGUGACAUUACUGUACGUGGUGGAUUAUGAACUCUGAUGGAAUCCCUCUGUUGUCACCUAGCUAGUUCUAUCUGUCUGUUAGCUCACACUCUCUUGGCUGUUCUAAGGCUGCGCACCGCAAGCCUUCUUCCAAAGUGUGGACUUGCACAUUUCCGGUCAUGGAUUUAACAAUGGUGUCCAGCCAGUGUUUACACCAAUCCUAUGCUUUUAAAUCCAUGAAUGGGAGUAUGCACAUUUUGGGACACAGCCUAAAACUCUUAUAUGAAGGUCAAUAUAACAAGGUCAAAGAAGUACACACAAAGAAAAGUCAACACACAGUCCAACACCAGCUAUAUAACACACUAGUAAACCCACUCUGUUCACACCAGCUAUAUAAACACACUAGUAAACCCACUCUGUUCACACCAGCUAUAUAAACACACUAGUAAACCCACUCUGUUCACACCAGCUAUAUAAACACACUAGUAAACCCACUCUGUUCACACCAGCUAUAUAAACACACUAGUAAACCCACUCUGUUCACACCAGCUAUAUAAACACACUAGUAAACCCACUCUGUUCACACCAGCUAUAUAAACACACUAGUAAACCCACUCUGUUCACACCAGCUAUAUAAACACACUAGUAAACCCACUCUGUUCACACCAGCUAUAUAAACACACUAGUAAACCCACUCUGUUCACACCAGCUAUAUAAACACUCUAGUAAACCCACUCUGUUCACACCAGCUAUAUAAACACACUAGUAAACCCACUCUGUUCACACCAGCUAUAUAAACACACUAGUAAACCCACUCUGUUCACACCAGCUAUAUAAACACACUAGUAAACCCACUCUGUUCACACCAGCUAUAUAAACACACUAGUAAACCCACUCUGUUCACACCAGCUAUAUAAACACACUAGUAAACCCACUCUGUUCACACCAGCUAUAUAAACACACUAGUAAACCCACUCUGUUCACACCAGCUAUAUAAACACACUGGUAAACCCACUCUGUUCACACCCCAGCUUCCUCCGUACCUCCUCCGGGAUUAUAUACCCUUUAUUUUUCUCAACCCUUUUCUAUUUUUGUCUUUUUAUCCGAAUGUUUAUGUAGAUGGAGCUCUGAUUUGACAGUUUAUUAAGUUAAAUGUUCUCCACUUUAAAGCUAAAAAUCUAUCCUCCACCCAAUGAAGGAGUUCAGUAUAACGCCAAGAAGGGUGACCAUAGUUUAAGUGUUGUAUCAUUCAUUCACCUGUCGACUAAACCAAUGUUGUAAACAUGGUAUGGCCUAGGUCGCACAUUCAAAGUCAUUGUGCUUUUAUAUUAUGUCCUUGGAGUUUCUGCAAGAUUAAACUAUAUUUAGAUCAGUGAUGUGCAACUCACCGCCCCCCUUUUGAAGGCCCUCGGAUACAUUUUUGGGGUAACUCAGUCGGGUCUCAACUUACUGUUGAGAGUUAGAAUAGUAGAAUACACAAGGUGCAAUUUCAAAAUUUGGUUGUGUAUCAACAGUUUUUCUCUUGUUAUGUCAGUCACUGAUAGUCCCUCAAUUAGCCUUUAUCACCUAAAAUGUUUAGCGGACAGUUAUCAAGCCUUGUUAUCAUGGUGGAGUUACCGGCCGGGGGCCUCCAUUGAUUUUGUUAGUCAGUCUCACUCAGAUAUCAUAUUAAAACCUGCAAGCAUUUCUCUCCACCCAAUGGCAAAAUGUGUACAAUUGCACGAAACUAACAUAAAAAAAUCUCUGUCAAGAAUGUUUUGCUCGCGGUGUGGGGGUAUGGAUGUGUGUACGCAGACCCCCCCCCCACCGUCAUCAUCGGUGCCCAUCCCUGAUCCAGAUUAUCUAAAACUGACAUUUUGUUAUGUCAACGGAUUGUUGUUUAAAAAAGACUAAUGUACACAUGCUUAAAGAAGAGUACAUGUUUAAAUGUAACGGGGAACAGAUGGAUCUGGCUGUUCUACUGCUAAAGGAAGACCAUGGUUAUUGGAACCGUGUAACUCUUAGGAGAAUACUGCCAUCUUGUUUUGUUACAGUAGGUGAACCCCACAACCUAAUACCCAAAUGCUCUCUCUCACACACACACACACACACACACACACACACACACACACACACACACUGUAACCCUCUAUAAUAUCUAUCUGCCAGUGUCAUUUAGCAGUUGGAGAAAGACACCUGAUUAAAAACAUUUGUCUUAUUUCCAAUACCCAAUACCAUUCUCUUCAACCUUAUAAAGUUGUCAUACUCGCAAUUAGCUUGACGUGUGUGUGUGCGCCUUUAGGCUAGUGUGUGGGCCCAUGCCCCCCCCCCCCCCGGGAAUCCAUUGUUUUAUCUCCAACCCCAUGCCCUGUUACUUACACUGUGGUGCUUUUUAAAAUUGUGUUCAAUAAGCGGUAUCCCUGUUAUUAGAAAUAUAAUUCUAGAAAUAGCAUUCUAGAUUCUAUUUCUAUGUCCCCGUUGUUGUGUGGAGAUUGGGUCAGCCUCUACAGGGCUGAGGCUGGGUUACUUAGUGGUGCUGUGCACUCAGGUAGCAGGGAAUGCAGGGGGGUGCUACUUUUGUCCAAUGCGAUUUCACAAUAAUGUCCUAUGGCCUCUGUUACACUGUAGUAGAACAUGAAAUAAAAACCCCUGCCUCGAGGCAAGUCCAUCUCUCUCCACAGAGAUCUUGAUGUGUCGUCACCAACACUGUCGUUUUUCCUCUCCAAUCGCAUUAUAUUAUGUACCGUACCGUAUCAACGUGUUGUAGCUUAUCUCGGUAGAUAUCAACCGACCAGAUUCCAAUUCUACCAGAUAUAGUGCUGAACAUAGUGGAAAUACAAGCUAAAGUGUUGUUCACAUGUAAUAGAUAAUGAUAUUUCUAAAUACAUCAUAUAGCUACAGUGUUAUUGAGCUAAGACCGGUUUUAAUCCAGUUCUUGUAUGAAAGGUACAUCCACCCAAUAAGCCUACAUUACGUUGCCUUUCUGAAACGUAUUAUUUUCAGCUAGUUGUGGUAACUGUGUUUAACUGUCAUGCAACUGAAAAAACUAGGAUAUAAUGUAUGGUCCACCUGAUUUACCUAAAGGCGUCAGGUUCAAUGAUAUCAUCCGUUAUUUACAUCAGUCAGUACAUCGGAACAGAAGGAAUCUGAGGGAAUAGUCAUAAUAGAAGGAUUUGUUUGCUUUAUUCAGUAGGCCCUGGGAAAUGGCUUCCCACUAUGAACAAGUGUUAGAGAAGCCAGGUGUGUUCAGCAAGACGCAAUGUUUUGGAACUUUCAGAUAGCAAUAUGUUAUGUAGAAUAAAUAUACCUCUGACAUGUAGAAUAAGGAAGCACAUUGGCUCUAUUCAUGGCAUUUCUAUCUGCAACAUUAGAAAACAUUGGGCAACUGAGCAUGGCCUGUAGGAGUUUUCUGUAGUGGCUAAGUGGGUGACAUGAAUACAUAUUAGGAACAUGGGGAUGUGGAGUGCACCAGUGGUGGGUAGAUCAUAAAGGUAUUUUGUUCUCUUGUGUUUAUACGCUGCUGCUCCUGCCGUUAAGGGGUUGGGCUCCCUGUUGAUUUAGAACUGAUUAAAACAAGGCAGCAGCAUUAAAAUGAUGGAAGUGUGACAUCAAGCUAGCACGAGUUAUGAUGAGGAUCCCCAACAUAGCAAACGAACAUGGACACAAGUACACAGAUACAUACAGGGUACCCAGAUACAUACAGGGUACCCAGAUACAUACAGAGUACCCAGAUACAUACAGGGUACCCAGAUACAUACAGAGUACCCAGAUACAUACAGAGUACCCAGAUACAUACAGAGUACCCAGAUACAUACAGAGUACCCAGAUACAUACAGAGUGCCCAGAUACAUACAGAGUACCCAGAUACAUACAGAGUACCCAGAUACAUACAGGGUACCCAGAUACAUACAGAGUACCCAGAUACAUACAGAGUACCCAGAUACAUACAGAGUACCCAGAUACAUACAGAGUACCCAGAUACAUACAGAGUACCCAGAUACAUACAGGGUACCCAGAUACAUACAGGGUACCCAGAUACAUACAGGGUACCCAGAUACAUACAGGGUACCCAGAUACAUACAGGGUACCCAGAUACAUACAGAGUACCCAGAUACAUACAGAGUACCCAGAUACAUACAGAGUACCCAGAUACAUACAGAGUACCCAGAUACAUACAGAGUACCCAGAUACAUACAGAGUACCCAGAUACAUACAGAGUACCCAGAUACAUACAGAGUACCCAGAUACAUACAGAGUGCCCAGAUACAUACAGAGUGCCCAGAUACAUACAGAGUGCCCAGAUACAUACAGAGUGCCCAGAUACAUACAGAGUGCCCAGAUACAUACAGAGUGCCCAGAUACAUACGGAGUGCCCAGAUACAUACGGAGUGCCCAGAUACAUACGGAGUGCCCAGAUACAUACGGAGUGCCCAGAUACAUACGGAGUGCCCAGAUACAUACGGAGUGCCCAGAUACAUACGGAGUGCCCAGAUACAUACGGAGUGCCCAGAUACAUACGGAGUGCCCAGAUACAUACGGAGUGCCCAGAUACAUACGGAGUGCCCAGAUACAUACGGAGUGCCCAGAUACAUACGGAGUGCCCAGAUACAUACGGAGUGCCCAGAUACAUACGGAGUGCCCAGAUACAUACGGAGUGCCCAGAUACAUACGGAGUGCCCAGAUACAUACGGAGUGCCCAGAUACAUACGGAGUGCCCAGAUACAUACGGAGUGCCCAGAUACAUACGGAGUGCCCAGAUACAUACGGAGUGCCCAGAUACAUACGGAGUGCCCAGAUACAUACGGAGUGCCCAGAUACAUACGGAGUGCCCAGAUACAUACGGAGUGCCCAGAUACAUACGGAGUGCCCAGAUACAUACGGAGUGCCCAGAUACAUACGGAGUGCCCAGAUACAUACGGAGUGCCCAGAUACAUACGGAGUGCCCAGAUACAUACGGAGUGCCCAGAUACAUACGGAGUGCCCAGAUACAUACGGAGUGCCCAGAUACAUACGGAGUGCCCAGAUACAUACGGAGUGCCCAGAUACAUACGGAGUGCCCAGAUACAUACGGAGUGCCCAGAUACAUACAGAGUGCCCAGAUACAUACAGAGUGCCCAGAUACAUACAGAGUGCCCAGAUACAUACAGAGUGCCCAGAUACAUACAGAGUGCCCAGAUACAUACAGAGUGCCCAGAUACAUACAUGCACGCAUACAGAGUACACGGAUACAUACAUACAUACAUAGUACACGGAUACAUACAGUACAUUGUCUCUCACUACCAGCGAUCUCCUCCCCAUGCUGAGGGCAGUGUGAUGGAUUCUGAGGCUAUGGGCUGAGAUUAGUUACAGUUCAAGUUUUGGAACAAAGUCUAAAGAGAAGUUUGUGCAUAGUUUAGAUAAGUUAGUGGUCUUUACAAUGUCCAUAUGUUCAGUGAUAUUCCAGCCGUACCCAGUUAGCCUUAUCCUGGAUCUGACCUUCAAACCACUUCUUUUAAUUAGCCAGGUAGUUAGUGCUAGCGCCUGGCAGGGGUCUUCCCUCUGGCCUUCUAGGGCUUUUGUAUCUGCCCCUAGCUCCAUCCCUCUCUUCUCUCCCAAGCUCUGUCACUCUCUCUUCCCUCCCUAGCACUGUCCCUAGCGCCGUCACUCUCCUCUCUCCCUAGCUCCGUCACUCCUCUCUCCCGAGCUCCGUCCCUCUCUCCUCCCUCCCUCUCUCCAUCCCUCUCUCGUCUUUCCCUCUCUCCGUCCCUCCCUCUCUCCGUCCCUCUCUCCUCCUUCCCUCUCUCCUCCCUUCCUCUCUCCGUCCUUCUCUCCUCCGUCCCGAGCUCCGUCCCUCUCUUCUCCCUCCCUCUCUCUCUCCGUCCCUCUCUCUGUCCCUCUCUCUGUCCCUCUCUCCUCUCUCCCUCUCUCCUCCCUACCUCUCCCCAUCCCUCUCUCCUCCCUCCCUCUCUCUGUCCCUCUCUCCUCCCUCCCUCUCUCCGUCCCUCUCUCCUCCCUCCCUAGCCCCGUCCCUCUCUCCUCUGUCCCGAGCUCCGUCCCUCUCUCCUCCCUCCCUAGCCCCGUCCCUCUCUCCUCCCUCCCUAGCUCCGUCCCUCUCUCCUCCCUCCCUAGCCCCGUCCCUCUCUCCUCCCUCCCUAGCUCCGUCCCUCUCUCCUCCCUCCCUAGCUCCGUCCCUCUCUCCUCCCUCCCUAGCUCCGUCCCUCUCUCCUCCCUCCCUAGCUCCGUCCCUCUCUCCUCUGUCCCGAGCUCCGUCCCUCUCUCCUCCCUCCCUAGCUCCGUCCCUCUCUCCUCCCUCCUUAGCUCCGUCCCUCUCUCCUCUGUCCCUCUCUCCGUCCCUCUCUCCUCCCUCCCUAGCUCCGUCCCUCUCUCCUCCCUCCCUAGCUCCGUCACUCUCUCCUUCGUCCCGAGCUCCGUUCCUCUCUUCUCCCUCCCUAGCUCCGUCCCUCUCUCCUCCCUCCCUAGCUCCGUCACUCUCUCCUUCGUCCCGAGCUCCGUCCCUCUCUCCUCCCUCCCUAGCUCCGUCACUAUCUCCUCUGUCCCGAGCUCCGUCCCUCUCUCCUCCCUCCUUAGCGUCGUCCCUCUCUCCUCCCUCCCUAGCUCCGUCCCUCUCUCCUCCCUCCCUAGCUCCGUCCCUCUCUCCUCCCUCCCUAGCUCCGUCCCUCUCUCCUCCCUCCCUAGCCCCGUCCACCUCUCUCCUCCCUCCCUAGCCCCGUCCCUCUCUCCUCCCUCCCUAGCUCCGUCCCUCUCUCCUCCCUCCCUAGCUCCAUCCCUCUCUCCUCCCUCCCUAGCUCCGUCCCUCUCUCCUCCCUCCCUAGCUCCAUCCCUCUCUCCUCCCUCCCUAGCUCCGUCCCUCUCUCCUCCCUCCCUAGCUCCGUCCCUCUCUCCUCCCUCCCUAGCUCCGUCACUCUCUCCUCUGUCCCGAGCUCCGUCCCUCUCUCCUCCCUCCCUAGCUCCGUCCCUCUCUCCUCCCUCCCUAGCUCCGUCCCUCUCUCCUCCGUCCCGAGCUCCGUCCCUCUCUCCUCCCUCCCUAGCUCCGUCCCUCUCUCCUCCCUCCCUAGCUCCGUCCCUCUCUCCUCCGUCCCGAGCUCCGUCCCUCUCUCCUCCCUCCCUAGCUCCGUCCCUCUCUCCUCCGUCCCGAGCUCCGUCCCUCUCUCCUCCCUCCCUAGCUCCGUCCCUCUCUCCUCCCUCCCUAGCUCCGUCACUCUCUCCUCUGUCCCGAGCUCCGUCCCUCUCUCCUCCCUCCCUAGCUCCGUCACUAUCUCCUCUGUCCUGAGCUCCGUCCCUCUCUCCUCCCUCCUUUGCGUCGUCCCUCUCUCCUCCCUCCUUAGCGUCGUCCCUCACUACUCCAUCCCUAGCUUCGUCCCUCACUCCUCCCUCCCUAGUUCCUUCCCUCUCUCACUAGCUCUGUCCCUAUCUCUGUCACUCCCUAGCUCCGUUCCUCUCUCCUCCCUCCCUAGCUCCGUCCCUCUCUCCUCUGUCCCGAGCUCCGUCCCUCUCUCCUCCCUCCCUAGCUCCGUACCUCUCUCCUCCCUCCCUAGCUCCGUACCUCUCUCAUCUGUCCCGAGCUCCGUCCCUCUCUCCUCCCUCCCUAGCUCCGUCCCUCUCUCCUCCCUCCCUAGCUCCGUCCCUCUCUCCUCCCUCCCUAGCUCCGUCACUCUCUCCUCUGUCCCGAGCUCCGUCCCUCUCUCCUUCCUCCUUAGCGUCGUCCCUCUCUACUCCCUCCCUAGCUCCGUCCCUCUCUCCUCUGUCCCGAGCUCCGUCCCUCUCUCCUCCCUCCCAAGCUCCGUCCCUCUCUCCUCCCUCCCUAGCUCCGUCCCUCUCUCCUCCCUCCCUAGCUCCGUCACUCUCUCCUCUGUCCCGAGCUCCUCCCCUCUCUCCUCCCUCCUUAGCGUCGUCCCUCACUCCUCCAUCCCUAGCUUCGUCCCUCACUCCUCCCUCCCUAGUUCCGUCCCUCUCUCACUAGCUCUGUCCCUAUCUCUGUCACUCCCUCCUCUCUCACUAGUUCCGUCCCUCUCUCCUUGCUCCGUCUCUCUGUCCGGCCCUCCGUCCCUCUCUUCUCUGACACUGGGUUCAUUGUGCUCCUCAGAGGUAUUGCUCAACAAUAAGCCAAUGGCAGGUGGGCUAGGCUGGGCUGAACAGAGACCCACUGCACUGGCACAAUACUGUGUGUAUGUGUCUUGGUUAAAUGGACCGCAAAGCAAUGAAGAGGAGAUUUAUUGGCCACACACGCCCGAGCGCACACACACACACAGCACGACUUUAAAGUAAAGGAAAUCAUCCAAAAAUUGCUGAUGUAUGUUUCAUAAAUGACACAAGAUGACCACCUGUAACAAACAAGUAAAAAGGUUAUUUAAGAGAGUAGGCUGCUAGUUAUCAGAAUAGUCAUGGGAAUAUGGCUUGUAUUGUACGAGCACAACCAGAAGGUCAAUAACAACACAUUCUAACAGCUAACAGGACUUCCACCAACAAACCAUGAGAGCAGGUUAUGUCUGUCUGGUCCCCCCCACUGUGUUAGUGGGGUUGGACAGUAUUGUUGUGUUCCGGGGUUUGGGGAGUGAGGGCUUGUCCCUCUGACUGCUUUCAGGAAUGUUAAGUCAUGUGAAAUAGAGGAUGGUUUUUCAUGGGAACUUGGAGUGUGACUGUGCCUUGAUGAGUUGGAUUAUGACUCUGGCUGUGUAGAGACACAGCUAUGAUGGAAUGUCUCCAGCCUCCUCUUGUCUGGGUUCUUUAUUCAAAUGAUGAAAAUGUACUGUUAAGUUCAGGGGCCACUGUUGGCCCCCAUGGGAAUGCAAGGUUAGAGUGACUGCCUCCUUUCUCUUUCAUGCUGUGGAUCCAAAGAGGCAGGACUUUUUUUUUUAGGGCAAGAAAGGAUUUUUGGAUCUUCAGAUGCUUUUUAUAAACUGUUUUUAUGUACUUUUCUGUCUGUGUGGUCCUUUUCUUUCUGCUUUUCCAAACAUGUAUUUGCCCUUGAAUAAGGCCUUGUAGUUAGAAUGAAUUGAUGUGAGAUUGAAGAAUUACAAUCAUGAUGGAAAAGGCUUACUCUUUAAUGGAAAUGUUUGGGAAAUCAGGGAUGCUUCUUUUAAAUGUGUUGAAUCAGUAAGAUGACCCAUUAAGAGACUCAACAACACUACUGCUGCACCACAGGUGAGCAGGUCUUCAUUGUAUUGUUGGACCUCUUCCUAAUGCUCACACCACACCAUUCCUCUGUGACCUGCAAUCAACUAAAAGUUGCCAGCAGCCACAGUGCAAUAGCUGACCACUUCUUCAGAAUCAGCAGGAGGCAGCAUUUUGAUCAGACCAACUAAUGUGACCCAAAAUAGGCACCUCAACCCCGCAACUUCCAAACUAGGAGCAUUUAUUAGUGGAAGGAGCUUUGUCUAACGUUCUAUUCGGUGCAAAAAUACUUGUCUUCCCAGAAAAGGGGAGACCAAAUGGAGACAGAGCAUCUUCUUCUCUGUAAAUGGAUCAUCUCACUACCCUGUCCUUCACCUACUAUAACCAUGUUAACCUCAACCAAUUUAAUGACUGUCGCACUGGAUUUUUACACUUUUUCAAUAGGUCUAUAUACUCUAUGAUGAUCUAACUGUAUUUUGUAAUACUGCAUGUGCAUGCAAAGCUUCUGAGAAAUGACUUUAGCAAUGUGUAUAUUGUUGUGUUGUCCAUGUAGAGGGCAGGCAGGUUGCCAUUACCAUGGAGGGAGAGUAACCGCUUCAAAAGUCCUCCAAAUAUUGUCAGUAGUGCUAGUGUUCUCCUGCCACUGUCCCAGUUAACCCUCUUCCUGCUAUUCUCUGGUCUGUUCCACUGACCUCAUGGCACUCUAUUCCCUACAGUGCACUACUACGUUACAUAUGUAGUUCAAUAGUAUCUAGGUCUAUGGGCCUCUCUCCCCUGUCUCUCUGUCUCUGUUUGUCUCUCUCUCUCUCUCUGUCUCGCUCUCUUUCUCUCUGUGUGUGUGUGUGUCGCUAUAUUAGUGUGUCUCUCGCUCUGUGUGUGUGUUGCUAUAUUAGUCUGUCUCUCUGAAUGUGGUUACUCCUGAGAGUCUGGUGGUUUGAUGUGAUUGGCAGGUCAGCUUAAUAGAAGUAGUGUGCUAAAUUUUACAGCUGACCAUGCCAACCAGAUGGUUCUGUGGAUCCUCUCUUUCUCUCUCUGUCUCCCUCCCUCUCUCUCUGGCCCCAUCCCAACCAUAGCGGCAUAUGUACAUAGCCAAUCAUCUUUUAUAGCCGAAUGGCUCCUGUAAAACCAAUAUGGAUAUUGUAGAAAAGGGCAAGUUGAUGCUGAUGCUUAAGCUAUGCUGGCACACAUCCAGGAUGUGUAAAAUGGGCCAUUAUUCUGCUAGAAUGCUUUUUCUACGAGGACAUAACCACCUGGCCUGCAUGACACACAUACUGUAUAUCUAGGCAACAACCGGCUCUCUGCCCGCUCUAGACCCAAUUAGUGCUUUUUGAUAUAUUUUUUAAAGCUUUGCAUGUAAAUAUGUUGUUUGGUAGGAAGCGGGUUGCUUUACACUGCAGUGACCGGGUUGUACAGUAUUGGAAAAAUAUACUUUAUCGGUGACCCACCUGAAUGAAUAUGGUUCUAUUAGUUAAAGUGUACUGUGUAGAGCAGACACGGGUCAAAUAUAUUAUGUCAGAUGCCUUUAAAAGGAUGUUCUUGAGCUGUGCUGAAUGGAAUGGUCCCAAAAGUGCAAACUCCAAGUGUGCCUUGGAGUAGGUCUAGGGAAUAGGGAGAGAUACGUGUUUGACCCAGGUCUGUGUGUCGAGGGAAAGUCCGGAUGCGUCCUAAACACGUGCCACUGACUGGUUGAAGCGUGUUGGUGCAGUCUGAAUCUGAGGCUGUAGAGGGGCCCACUGCCCAGCAAUCAGCGCCAGCUACCAAAGCCCCCAACCAGAGACUCAUGUCGUCAUAAAGGGAUGGAUCCCAUGACAACCACAGUACAUACAGUAAUGUAUAAUAAUGUAGGUUACAUGGUGGUGUCAGGCAUAGGAAUGGGGCACCCCCUGGAGGAGGAUAAUAUUUAGUCAUGUUGGGAUAUGGGAUUCCAUUACUCUGUAGGGCCAUCUACAUCUCAAACACUGUCAACUCCACACAGGACUACUUUGACUCACACAGGCCUCUGACAUCACAGCACCAACCUCCCAUACACAACAUCAUUAUAGCGACGUGCUACAUAUAUCGUCUUGUAUCCUCGGGGUUAGAGAGCUGGGCCAGUAACCAAAAGUUUUGAAUGAAAAAUCUGUCAGAUGUUGCCCUUGAGCAAGGCACUUAACCCUCUUUGCUCCAGGGGUGCUGUACUACUAUGACUGACCCUGUUAAACAAGGAAAAUGUAUUUUAUUACAGUACGCUACAGUAUGUGUGAGUAACGGAGAGGCUGUGGUGUGAAUUACUCCAGUCAUGUCCGCAGCUAGCUAGACAUAUAACAUAUGCUGCUCUCUGUCUUUCCAAGACAGGGGGGCCAUGAGCUCAAAGGUAGAAACCAGAGAGUGAGUUCUGUGAACCACUGCCCAGGGUGUAAAGUGUUGUUUCUAUCAGCAGCCUUCACUGUGUCUGAGGCUACAGAGACCUAUUAAAACAUUUCAGACCCAUAAAUAUGACCAUAUCCAAGUCCUGCAUUCUCAUAUCACAUCUCAUAUUGACAUAGUUAUAUACCUUAAUCCAUCCUCGUUGCUCUGCAUGCCAGGCCUAAGACAACAACCCUCUUAUGAUAAAUACAGGCAGUCAACUAAUCAAACAACAAUCCCUCUCUGUUAUCCUAAUGAUAUAGCAGAGCUCAAGGGAAGGCAUGGAGGUGUGUAGUUUAGUCUGUUAAACCUAUGGAUCAGGCUUGUGGUGGCGGAUGCAUUUUACAUCUAGCUUAAGCUAUAGGUUGUUUUUUGUGUGUGUGUGUGUGUGUGUGUAUAUAUAUAUAUGGAGUGAUUAUACAUAUAUACAUACAUAUAUAUACAUAUAUAUUGCGCAUUAGCUCCUUGUGGAGCCACACAAGCAAGGAGCCUUGUGGUGGUGGUGCUUAUCUGGGCUCCUCACAAGCUGAGGGCUGGUCUCUGAGGAGCUGCUGGCUGGCUGCAUAUGUUUAAGGCACUGGAGCAGGAAGACAACAGUAGAAUAGAGGAGCAUGGAGGAGUGGAGUGGAGGCUGGAUUUGGCUUCAGUGUCAGUGAGAGCCACAAGGGAAGGAGAGUGUAGUGUGUGUUGUCACACACACAGACCCAUUUUUGUAACAUCGACUAACUCACAGUAUAAGGUGACUUAUAAGAUCCAUCUGGUUGUGGUAAUUCUUCAUAAGAAUCACUGUGGUCCAUAAAAUCAAUAGCUUCCCCACAUGAGGCUAAAGCCCUUCUCGGUUUUAAUGAUGACAGACAGACAGACGAGAGGCUGUGGUGACAUCAUCAGAGAGUUGUAUUAAUCUCCAUAAAUCCCCAUAUUCUCAUGUUUUCAUCAUGUAACCUCCAUUUGUGUCUUGUCCACAAAUAUCCAUGUUUCAAUGUUAGAAUGUUAGGGCUCUGCACAUUUAGACACCAUUAAACCACCGUGUCACUCUCCACAAGCACCCAUGUUUGAAUGUUGGAUGAACGUUACGACUAAACAUUUACUCUGAGACACCGUGUAGGCUACAUACAGAGAUUAGAUGAUGCACCACAACCCCAUGGCUGUAGCUAAGACAAUAGAAUAGACAGUGGGAGAGUUGACUGUGUACGAGAUGCUGAUAUUGCAAUCCAUCAAAGAAAUGACUUGCAAUAUGUGUUUAGACUAUGUAUGUCUUAAAUUGUAUCCUACUGCACCAAUCAUGUUUAACUUCCAUUUUUAUUACACUAUUGUCCAUUGAAGCUAAACAUAAAUGUAAUGUUGAUUAUCUUCUCUCUCUGGGAGAAUCAACACAUGCUGACUGUUAACUCUUCACUGACUGACUGUAUAUACUGCAGUAUUUUUACUCGAGCUGUGUGUAUUAUAAACUGCCAUUGUAAUGAUUGUGAUGGUGCUCGUCCAUUCAGCUGUUGUCGUCGUUUCCUCGGUGUAAGAACUCUCCAGGGUUGUGUUCAUUGGGUACCAAACGGACUGACUACAUGGGCUUGUUGAAUGAGAAAUUGUCAUUUUAGUUUUCCAUUGCAAAAUGUUUUGAUACACUUUCCGUUGUGUGCCCUAAUGAACAUGGCCCAGGCUUCUCUGUGUUACUAUAAGCUACUGGUGAUCGUUCAGUAACUGAUAAAUAAAGAUACUUUUUGGCA